AUGCCGGGUAAGAAUAGAGUCAGUAGUGGGGUCGCAAGAUUACUAGGUAUCAAGAAGACCUAUUGCGACCCCCUUGGCGCCAACAGUGAUUCGGUCACACGAGGCGAGUCGGCGUUCUCUGCUGGCACCGCCGAUACUGUCCCUUAUUUUGAACCAGAACCGACCUCAGCAGAGUGGCUCCAAGAACAUAUUCCAUCCCUUCACGAUGUCGGCAUGUAUCUUUUGGAUAUCUUUCCUUUCUGGCGCUGGAUCACCCGGUACAACUGGCAGUGGCUUGUAGGUGACUUGGUCGCUGGUAUUACUGUUGGAGGUGUUGUUGUUCCGCAGAGCAUGUCGUACGCGAAACUGGCCGCGCUACCUGUGCAAUUCGGUCUUUACACCUCGUUCAUGGGAGUGUUGAUUUACUGGCUGUUUGCCACCUCAAAGGACAUCACAAUUGGGCCCGUCGCAGUCAUGUCCACCUUGGUCGGUGGGGUUGUACACGAGGCCAAGAUGAUAAAUCCAGACAUCCCAGGAAAUGUUGUCGCAUCUGCACUAGCCAUCGUUGCAGGCGGAAUUAUCGCGGCUUUGGGAUUUCUCCGACUUGGUUUCAUCGUUGACUUUAUCCCUCUUCCGGCUAUCUCGGCUUUCAUGACAGGAUCAGCGAUCAAUAUAAUUGCUGGACAAUGUUCGAAGUUGCUCGGAGAGACAGCAGACUUCAGCACAUAUGGGCCAACCUACCAGACCAUCAUUUGGACCCUCAAAUAUCUCCCCACAUCUUCGAUCGAUGCUUCGCUAGGGUUCACUGCGCUGGCGAUGCUGUACUUGAUCCGCUUUGGCUGCAAUUAUGCGGCUAAGAAGAUCCCUCACCAUGCUAAGCUGUUCUUCUUUUUGUCGACUGUGCGCACUGUGUUUGUGAUUCUCUUCUAUAUCAUGGUCAGCGCCGCGGUGAACCUACAUCGAAAAGAUGAUCCUCUGUUCGAUAUCAUUGGAACUGUCCCGCGAGGUUUCCAAAAUGCCGGAGUACCUGUUAUCGACGGUCAGAUCGUCAAGUUGUUUGCAUCCCGCCUCCCUGCUGCGGUCAUUGUUCUCCUGAUAGAACAUAUUGCCAUUUCUAAGUCUUUCGGCCGUGUCAACAACUAUUCCAUCGACCCAUCCCAGGAAAUGAUUGCUAUUGGAGCCACCAAUUUGCUUGGGCCUUUCCUAGGCGCCUAUCCUGCUACGGGAUCAUUUUCUAGGACUGCCAUCAAAUCAAAAGCAGGAGUCCGGACCCCAUUUGCUGGAGUGAUCACAGCAGUUAUUGUUCUGCUGGCGAUCUAUGCCUUAACAGAACUUUUCUUCUACAUUCCGGAAGCUGCCCUUGGUGCUGUGAUCAUUCACGCCGUUGGUGACUUGAUUACCCCCCCCAACGCUGUUUACCAGUUCUGGCGUGUUUCACCAUUUGACGCCAUCAUCUUCUUCAUUGGGGUGAUUGUCAGCAUCUUCACAAAAAUUGAAGACGGUGUUUACUGCACUAUCUGCCUCUCUCUCGCUGUGUUCCUUUUCCGUGCGGCCAAGGCUCGUGGCCAGUUCUUGGGCAGAGUGACAAUUCAUUCAGUGGUGGGUGAUGACAUGGUGGAUGGCAAUGGAAAACAAGGCACUGGAUUAUUACCCAUAGUGUCGGAAAACUCACCGAGUCACGAUCGGUCCAUCUUCCUGCCCACCAGCCGCGCUGAUGGUUCGAACCCUGACAUUGAGGUGGAAGAGCCUCAUCCGGGUAUCUUCAUCUACCGGUUCUCGGAAGGAUUCAACUAUCCGAAUUCCAACCACUACACGGACUAUCUCGUUCAAAACAUAUUCCAGAAGACGCGGCGAACAACCACAGCCGCCUACGCCCAGCCUGGAAACAGACCAUGGAAUGACCCUGGCCCUCGUCGGGGGAAAGAAGAGGAAGACCGAUCGCACUUGCCGACUCUCAAGGCCAUUAUUCUUGAUUUUUCAUCUGUCAACCAUGUCGAUGUGACUUCAAUCCAGAACCUGAUUGAUGUUCGCAAUCAGUUAGAUAUGUAUGCAUCGCCCGACUCGGUCCAGUGGCACUUUGCCCAUAUCAACAACCGCUGGACGAAGCGUGGACUUGCUGCUGCAGGCUUCGGUUACCCAACGUCAUUCUCGGAAGAUGGAAUCCGUCGCUGGAAACCCAUUUUCAGCGUUGCUAAGAUUGAAGACAGCUCUUCUGCUUCCGUCCACGCCGAGAUCGUGAACAACGAAAAAGAAGGCAGAAUAGUAGACCAGCAUCACAGCAAGGUGCAUGAUAUGGAGGAUGGGAUUCGGCCACGACUCGAAACAACAGAUUUCGACGUGCAGAAGGCUGAGUGUUUAUCUAGUGGCAGUAGUACUUCGAACGUCAAGGCGCUGCCCGACCUCACAGUCAGCGAGCCCUACCAGAACCGGUUCAGAGUGGCAUUGGUGCAAGGUCUAAACCGACCUUUCUUCCACGUUGACCUCAUGAGCGCUUUGAAGAGCGCGGUGGAGAACUCGGACACUCGAGGUUCUGAGAAAUCUGGUCCGGAGUAA